CAGAUCUUCCUUUACUACUUCUUCUUCUCUCUCUCUCCUUUGGUUUGCUCUGUUUUUAUAUAUUUCUAUAAAAUCAAAGUAAAAACCAAAUCCAUGGGGUUCUUCGCUUCACAAUCCCAACGCACCUCUCUCUCUAUCUCUCACUUCUUCUUCUUCCUCUCCCUCUUCACCAAUGCCACGUAACCCUAGAUUCUGCUUCUUCCUCUUCCUUCUUUUUCACUCCUCUCUUUUCUUCUCCAUCCCCUGUUUUUCCAUAGACGAACAGGGUCUAGCUCUCCUCUCAUGGAAAUCUCAGUUGAACAUCUCCGGAGACGCUUUAUCUUCUUGGAAAGCCUCCGAAUCGAAUCCUUGUCAAUGGGUGGGAAUCAAAUGCAACGAAAGAGGUCAAGUCUCGGAGAUACAACUCCAAGUCAUGGAUUUUCAAGGUCCGUUACCGGCGACGAAUCUCCGACAGAUAAAGUCUCUGACUUUGCUCAGCUUAACCUCCGUGAAUCUCACUGGUUCAAUCCCUAAGGAGCUUGGAGACUUGUCGGAGCUAGAAGUUCUUGAUUUAGCUGAUAAUUCUCUCUCUGGUGAAAUCCCUGUGGAUAUCUUCAAGCUCAAGAAACUAAAGAUUCUGUCUCUCAACACAAAUAAUCUCGAAGGUGUGAUUCCAUCGGAGUUAGGGAAUCUCGUUAACCUCAUCGAGCUCACUCUCUUCGACAAUAAACUCGCCGGAGAGAUUCCUAGAACCAUCGGAGAACUCAAGAAUCUAGAAAUCUUCCGUGCAGGUGGUAACAAGAAUCUCAGAGGAGAGCUUCCUUGGGAGAUUGGUAACUGCGAGAGUCUUGUGACUUUAGGUCUCGCCGAAACAAGUCUCUCCGGUAGACUUCCGGCGUCGAUCGGAAACCUGAAAAAGGUUCAGACAAUAGCUCUUUACACGUCACUCUUGUCUGGUCCAAUCCCUGAUGAGAUUGGAAACUGCACAGAGCUUCAAAACCUCUACUUGUACCAAAACUCAAUCUCUGGAUCGAUUCCUGUAUCAAUGGGACGUCUCAAGAAGCUUCAAAGUCUUCUCUUAUGGCAAAACAAUCUCGUCGGAAAGAUCCCUACCGAGCUAGGCACCUGUCCGGAGCUUUUCCUCGUCGAUUUAUCGGAAAAUCUCCUCACCGGAAACAUCCCAAGAAGCUUCGGAAACCUUCCAAAUCUCCAAGAGCUUCAGCUAAGUGUUAACCAGCUCUCCGGUACAAUCCCUGAAGAACUCGCGAAUUGCACGAAGUUGACGCAUUUAGAGAUCGAUAACAACCAAAUCUCCGGCGAGAUUCCGCCGUUGAUCGGGAAAUUAACAAGCUUGACGAUGUUCUUUGCGUGGCAGAAUCAGUUAACCGGAAUAAUUCCAGAGUCUCUUUCUCAAUGUCAAGAGCUUCAAGCGAUUGAUCUCUCCUACAACAAUCUCUCUGGUUCGAUACCUAAUGGAAUCUUUGAGAUUCGAAACCUCACGAAGCUUCUUCUUCUCUCUAACUACUUAUCUGGAUUCAUACCACCGGAUAUUGGAAACUGCACGAAUCUUUACCGGUUAAGACUCAACGGUAACAGACUCGCGGGGAAUAUUCCGGCGGAGAUUGGGAAUCUGAAAAAUCUCAACUUCAUCGAUAUAAGUGAGAAUCGUCUCAUCGGAAACAUUCCUCCGGAGAUCUCCGGUUGUACAAGUCUCGAAUUCGUCGAUCUACAUUCAAACGGUUUAACCGGUGGUUUACCCGGUACACUUCCGAAGAGCUUACAAUUCAUUGAUUUAUCCGAUAAUUCAUUAACCGGUUCUCUACCAACCGGAAUCGGAUCGUUAACCGAACUCACGAAGCUCAAUCUCGCGAAGAAUCGUUUCUCCGGCGAAAUCCCUCGAGAGAUAUCUUCCUGUCGGAGUCUUCAGCUUCUCAACCUCGGCGACAAUGGCUUCACCGGAGAAAUCCCUAACGAGUUAGGACGGAUCCCGUCUCUUGCGAUCUCUCUAAAUCUCAGCUGCAAUCACUUCACCGGAGAGAUCCCGUCGAGAUUCUCUAGCCUCACUAAUCUCGGAACCCUCGAUGUCUCUCACAACAAACUCGCCGGAAACCUAAACGUCUUAGCUGAUCUACAGAACCUCGUCUCACUCAACAUCUCCUUCAACGAAUUCUCAGGCGAGUUACCAAAUACUCUGUUUUUCAGGAAACUUCCACUCUCUGUUCUUGAAUCAAACAAAGGGCUAUUUAUUUCGACCCGACCCGAGAAUGGGAUCCAAACCCGACACCGUUCGGCUGUCAAAGUAACCAUGUCGAUCCUCGUAGCAGCAAGCGUCGUUCUUGUUCUCAUGGCGGUUUACACUCUCGUCAAAGCUCAACGAAUCACCGGAAAACAAGAGGAGUUAGAUUCUUGGGAAGUGACUCUUUAUCAGAAACUCGAUUUCUCCAUCGACGACAUCGUCAAGAACUUAACUUCAGCUAACGUGAUCGGAACUGGAAGCUCCGGUGUAGUUUACAGAGUCACAAUCCCGUCCGGUGAAACUUUAGCUGUGAAGAAAAUGUGGUCAAAGGAAGAAAACAGAGCGUUUAACUCAGAGAUCAACACUCUUGGAUCGAUUCGACAUAGGAACAUAAUCCGUCUUUUGGGUUGGUGUUCGAAUCGGAAUCUGAAGCUUUUGUUCUAUGAUUAUCUUCCUAACGGAAGUUUAAGCUCUCUGCUUCACGGUGCCGGUAAAGGAAGUGGAGGAGCUGAUUGGGAAGCACGUUACGACGUCGUUUUAGGCGUUGCACAUGCACUAGCUUAUCUUCAUCAUGAUUGUCUUCCUCCGAUUCUACACGGUGACGUUAAAGCUAUGAAUGUCUUAUUGGGUUCCCGCUUCGAAUCUUACUUAGCCGAUUUCGGUUUAGCAAAAAUCGUCUCCGGUGAGGGAGUUACCGAUGGAGAUUCGUCUAAAUUGAGUAACCGGCCUCCGUUAGCCGGUUCUUAUGGUUACAUGGCUCCAGGUAAAAUUCAAAAUUUCGAUUUUAACGUUAUAAACUUAUCAAUUUCGAAAUAUUAACUUUAUAACGGAUUUUAUUUGUUUUGUUACAGAACAUGCUUCGAUGCAACAUAUAACAGAAAAGAGUGAUGUGUAUAGCUAUGGAGUGGUGCUACUAGAAGUUUUAACCGGGAAGCAUCCAUUGGACCCGGAUCUACCCGGAGGUGCUCAUUUGGUUCAAUGGGUGAGAGAUCAUUUAGCCGGAAAGAAAGAUCCUAGAGAAAUUCUUGACCCGAGACUCCGCGGGCGGGCAGAUCCUAUAAUGCAUGAGAUGCUACAAACUCUAGCGGUCUCGUUCCUUUGUGUGAGCAACAAGGCAUCCGAUCGGCCUAUGAUGAAAGACAUUGUGGCAAUGCUUAAAGAGAUUAGGCAGUUUGAUAUGGAUAGAUCGGAAUCCGAUAUGAUAAAAGGCGGAAAAUGCGAAAAAUGGCAGCCGCAACCGUUACCACCGGAGAAAAUUGUCAGUACUCCUCGAGGUUCAUCUAAUUGUUCGUUUGCUUACUCGGAUGAAUCCGUAUAAAAAAUUUUACAGGAGUUCGAUUAGGGUGAUGACAUUUAUAAAAUGUGUGUGUGAAUAUUUAUUUGUUGUCGAUGAUUUGUUAGAAUCAGGGAAAGAAAGAUCUAAGCUUAGCUUAUUGUUUUGGUUUGUGAGUUUUAAUUUUAUUUUUUCUUGCAAACGAGUUGAAGAAAGAAUGUAUUGUAAAAUAAUUUCAAUAGCUUGAAGUGGUUUAUUUUAUU